AUGCCUUUGUCGCAACUAGGCACGACUGACGUUCUUUAUCUACUGGGAGGUGCAUGGACAGUCUCUUAUAUCGUAUCAAGGCUGCUGCGCCGAGGUAGCAGCGCCACGACACCGUUGCUUGGACCGCCAUCGCAGAGCUGGCUUUUGGGCAACAGAGCGCUGGCCGGCGUUGACAACGAAGUCCCAAUUUACGAGCAAUGGGCGAACCAGUACGGCCGUGUGUUUCAAAUCGGGGGUCCAUUGGGAUCGAGUCGAGUUGUACUCUGCGAUCCCAAGGCAAUCGCCCACUUCUACUCGAAGGAAACGUUCACAUACGUGCAAACGGCCUUUGCGAAAAUAUUCAUCGGCACCUUCUUCGGACGUGGUUUGCUCAUGGCGGAAGGAGAGAGCCACCGAAGGCAGCGCAAAGCGUUGACGCCAGCCUUUAGCAACGCCGCAAUCCGUAAACUGACAAACGUCUUCUUCGACUCGGCGUACAAAUGCAAGGCCAUUUGGGAUGGUAUGCUCGAGUCCCACCCAGAAGGUGUCGUGAUCAAUGUCCAGCAGUGGAUGAACAAUAUUGCGCUUGACAGUAUCGGUAUCGCUGGCUUCUCUCACAAUUUCGGGCAACUCGAUGGCAAGACCUCUGACGUCGCCAAUGCUUUCAAUUCUUUGGGCGGAGACGACCGCAACAUUUUCACUGCGUUCAUCUUCCUGCUCAGCCCUUACUUCCCCUUCCUCGCGACCUUGCCUACGAAACGCAAUAGAGUCAUGAGGAAACUGAGGCAAAGCCUUAGCAAUAUCUCCGACGAACUUCUUGAGCGGACACGCAAGGAAAGUCAAGGAGGCGUUGAAGAAAAGUCUAUCAUAGGACUUCUAAUCAAGGCUGAGAACGCCAAAACGGACCUGACUCUCACGCAAGAGGAAGUGCUGGCGCAGAUGAAUGUGCUGUUAUUGGCUGGGUACGAAACCACGUCAAUCAGUUUAACAUGGGCACUCAUCGAACUCUGUCGAUUCCCGGAGCAGCAACGAAAACUCCGUGACGAACUUCUCUCGCAAUUCCCCUCCUCUGAUCCGACCUGGGACCAACUGAUGACCACCAUACCCUACCUCGACGCCGUUGUUCACGAGACUCUUCGCAUGCACCCGCCGCUCGUAACGACCACUCGUAAGGCCGCCGAAGACGACGUGGUACCCCUGAGCGCCCCUAUCGUUACUCGCGAUGGCCAAACGGUCUCCAGCAUUUCCGUCGCCAAAGGUACGACAGUCUCAGCCCCAAUCCACCUGAUGAAUCAGGCCGAGUGGCUCUGGGGCCCCAACGCCAGAGAAUUCUACCCCGAAAGAUGGCUUGAGCCCAACUUCGGAGAGAAGAACGACGUCCAAGGACAUCGCCAUCUCCUCUCCUUCGUCGAUGGCCCACGUACGUGCCUGGGAAAGAACUUCGCGCUGGCGGAAUUCAAGGCUGCUCUAUCGGUUAUCAUCCGUAACUUUACCUUCGAAUUCGAGGGCCCUGAGCCCAAGAUAGAGAAGCACAUAUCCAUUCUUCCUCGACCGAAGAUCGCCGGGCAGGAUGGUGCUAAAGUACCACUGAGAGUGCGUAGAGUAGAAUAG